AUGGGCCCAAGGGCAGCGGUCAGGCCUUCCCUUGUCUGGGGGCUCCUGAGUUACUGUUUCCUCUGCAGCUGGGCUCUGAGGAGUCAAAGGCCCUUGCGCUCUCUGCCUCCCUUACCCUCCCAAGCCAAGCCAGGAUCUGAGACCCUGUGGAUGCCCCCAAGGGGGGCUGAAGCCGCCCUGGCUUUUCUCUACUCCGGAGAUGUUCAACAGCUGUCGGGGGCUAACUGCAGCGAGAGUUACGAGGUCCGUGGGGCAGAAGGCAAGGCAGGAAUACCCCCAGUCCUACAGAGAGCGGCGGGCACCCUGGCCCAGGCCGCCAAUUUCCUCAACAUGCUUCUGCAAGCCAAUGACAUCCGGGAGUCAAGCGUGGAGGAGGAUGUGGAAUGGUACCAGGCGCUUGUGCGCAGUGUGGUAGAGGGGGACCCUCGAGCCUACAGGGCUCUGCUGACCUUCAACCCUCCGCCAGGGGCCAGCCACCUGCAGCUGGCCCUGCAGGCCACUCGGAGGGGGGAUGAAACCAUCCUCCAGGACCUGUCUGGGAGCAGGGUACAGGAAGAGAGCCCAGAAGAGGAGGAGCUGGACGGCCCCGUCCUGCAGAAGCGAGUCCUGACCAACGACCUAAGGAGUCUUGACAGUCCCAAGUGGCCACAGGCCGACGGCUACGUGGGGGACAUCCUGCAGGUGAAGCUCUCUCCUCCCUUUUUGGAAUGUCGCGAGGGCCGGCUCCGACCCGGCUGGCUGGUCACCGCCUCAGCCACCUUCUACGGACUCAAGCCAGACCUCAGCCCAGAGGUCAGGGGGCAGGUGCAGAUGGAUAUCGACCUCCAAAGCGUGGACAUCAACCAGUGCACAGGCGGCCCGGGCUGGUACUCUAACACGCACCUGUGCGAUCUCAACAGCACUCAGUGUGUCCCCCUGGAGAGUCAGGGUUUUGUUCUUGGCCGCUAUCUCUGUCGCUGCCGACCUGGAUUCUACGGGGCUAGUGGUGCCGGGGGGUUCGAGGAGACUGCCACUCAGGCUGCUGGGCAAUUCGGGUCCCCGCAGGGCAGCUCAGGGAAGCUGCUGCGCUGCCAGCCGUGUCCUGAGGGCUGCGCCAGCUGUCUGGAUGCCACGCCGUGCACAGUGGAGGAGGCCCUGGCGCUGAGGGCGGCAGUGCUGGCAUGCCAGACCUGCUGCAUGCUGGCCGUCUUCUUGAGCAUGCUGGUCGCCUACCGUUGCCGCAGGAGCAAGAGGAUCCGGUCAUCUGGAAUCAUCCUGCUGGAAGCCAUCCUUUUUGGAUCCUUACUUCUCUACUUCCCUGUGUUCAUCCUGUACUUCAAGCCCAGCGUCUUCCGCUGCAUUGCUCUCCGCUGGGUCCGGCUGCUGGGGUUUGCCGUCGUCUACGGGACCAUUAUACUGAAGCUCUCUAGGGUGCUCCAACUGUUUCUGUCUCGAACUGCCCAGAGGGGCCCGCACCCAAGCAGCGGGCAGCUGCUGCGGCGUCUAGGGCAGCUCCUGCUGCUGGUGUUGGGCUUCCUAGUCGUGUGGACAGCGGGCGUCUUGGAGCCAGGGAUCCAGCACACACCUCUGGUGACCCGAGGCCACACUCCCACUGGCCGCCACUUCUACCUCUGUCACCAUGACCACUGGGACUACAUCAUGGUUGUGGCGGAAAUGCUGCUGCUGUGUUGGGGCAGCUUCCUUUGCUAUGCCACCCGGGCGGUCCCCUCAGCCUUCCAUGAACCCCGCUACAUGAGUAUUGCCCUGCACAACGAGCUGCUGCUCUCCACUGCCUUCCACACAGCCAGGUUUGUGCUGGUUCCUUCCCUGCACCCAGACUGGGCCCUUCUCCUCUUCUUCCUCCACACCCAUUGUACGGUCACAGCCACACUGGCUCUGAUCUUCAUCCCUAAGUUCUGGAAGCCAGGGGCGCCUCCUCGGGAGGAGAUCUUAGAGGAAGUAUAUGAAGACGAGCUGGACCUUCAGGGCUCAAGCUCCUACCUCAACAGCAGCAUCGCCUCAGCCUGGAGUGAGCGCAGCCUGGACCCAGGGGACAUUCGGGAUGAGCUGAAGAAGCUCUACGCCCAGCUGGAAGUCCGAAAGACCAAGGAGAUGGCCGCUAACAACCCGCACCUGCCCAAGAAGCGGGGCAGCUCGCGACAGGGGCUGGGACGUUCUUUCAUGAGGUACCUGGCUGAGUUCCCAGAGGCCCUGGCUAGGCAGCACUCCCGGGACUCGGGCUCUGCAGGCCUCAGCAGCCUGCCAGGCUCUUCUCGACGGAGGCUCCUCAGCUCCAGCCUCCAAGAAACUGAGAAGCCACCAGCCCUGCGCAAGACCCGCAGCACCUACGAGCCCCACAGGGAACAUAGCACACCUCCCCUUGACUCCACGCUCAGGAAGACCCUGUCCAAGAAGGCCUCACCAGCAGAGGUCCAAGGGUCAGCAGAGGGCCCCCCAGCCCUGGGCUUCAGGUCAGCCAGUGCUCACAACCUGACAGUGGGAGAGAGGCUCCCCAGGACCAGGCCCAUCUCCCUGCAGAAGUCACUGAGUGUGGCGGCUGGCUCCAGGGAAAGGGCUCUGCUUGUGGCCAGUCAGGCCUACCUGGAGGAAACAUAUAGGCAGGCAAAAGAGAGAGAGGAGAGGAAGAAGGCUGAGGCGGCCAUGGUGAGCCCGGUGCGGAAGCCAUCAGCCAGGAGAUUACAGCGACCUCUAAGGGCUCCUCUGUCAGCCCCACCUUCCCCUGCCAAGAGCAGUAGUGUGGAUAGCUCCCAUACCCUAGGGAGGCCUCAUGAGGAGGCUGGGAGGAGGCUGCCUCACCCACCCAUCCGGCACCAGGUCUCCACACCCAUCUUGGCCCUGUCUGGGGCCUGGCUGGGAGAGCCAAGAAUGCUGUCUCCCACCCCAACCUCUACAUUGGCUCCUGUUCUGUUGCCAGCUCCGGCCCCGACUCCCAUCCCUGUCCUGACACCGGUCCCAAAGCCCCCCCAGAGCCCCACCCUACUCACUUUCAUCUGCCCCUGGGAGAAUGCAGAACUGCCAGGCAAGAAAGAAAAUGUGGUCCAGGAAGGCCCCACAGGGCCAGAGCGAAGCAGCCACUCACCUGCCUCAGCUCGUACCAAGAUCUGGAGGGCCCUCUCUGUGGCAGUGGAAAAAAGGGGAACUGGGGAGAGUGAGACGGUCACAGAGGGAGGUCAUGCCCAGGAAGAAGGUGAUAAUAUGGAUGAGGACAAGCCCAAGGUCUUCUCAAAAUCCCACAGCCUCAAGACCCCUCUGCAGCAGGGCUCCGUGCGCAGCCUGGGCCUGGCCAUCAAAGCUCUGACCCGUUCUAGGAGCACCUACAAAGAGGGCGGGGAGGCCAGCCCUGAGACUGAGAAGGGAAAGCCUACAGAGGUGAGCGCCGGGGCUCCACCCCGAUCUCCCAGGCUGGGCCGGCCCAAAGCAGUGAGCAAACAGGCUGCCCUCACCCCCUGUGAGGAUGAGGAGUCCCUCCAGAACCAACAGAAUGCUCAGACCAGCAGAAUGCUCCAUGUUUGUCAAAAGGAGGGCAGCAGAGAUCAAGAAGAUAGAAACAAGAGGACCUUCCAGGGUCUAGGGGAGAAGAAAGUUGAGCGAACUGGUAAAAUAGCGCUUGCCACACUGAGGCAAGUUUUUGGAGACAAAAAUGCUGAACAAGUGAAGGAAUCGCCUGUGGGACACCAAGAGGUGCCCAGCGCUGCCCUCCAGCCCCCAGGCAGUGCUGACCACAGGGUGGCUGAGGUGUGUCCCUGGGAGGUAACUGAAUCAGGAGCGUGCCAGCCAGAGGUUAUCAACAAGGCCAAGAUCGGCUCCUUGGAGGGGUCUGAAGGAGGCCUUGAGAAGAAGCCAUCAAGACAAGUUCUAAGUAGUUCCUGGGAAGACAGGGAGAGAGCCCCGGGGGAACCAGAGCCCGAAGGUGUGGGUGCCAUUACUCGCAAAAAGCCGGAGAGGCUGGUCCGGAGCCAGGAGGCGGUGUGCCCUUGGGAAAGCAUGGAGCCUGGAGGUCUGUCUCCUCAGUUGGCCCAUCAGGACUCUGACAGAACCCAGGGCACAGAAGUGAGGAAGGGGGAGAGGCAUCCAGAGGCUCUUCCACAGGGUGCUGUCAAGGCAGAGCUGUGCCCAUGGGAGAUGAGCGAUGUGGGGGAGGGGGAAUUGGUGCAAAGAGUACAGCAACUCCCUGAAGAGCGGCAGAAAUCCCCCAAGAAGGCAAGCUUCCGGAGAGAACAGAAUCUGGGCAGAGACCUGGUGUCUCUUUGUCCGUGGGAAAGUACUGAUUUUCGGGGUCCUUCGGCAGUCUCACUUCAAGCCCCAGGAAGCUCAGGGAGUCUGGGCAGUGGCAUUGCAGAGGUAUGCCCCUGGGAGGCAGGAGAGACAUCUCAUGACAAGAAAGCUGAGGUCUGUCCCUGGGAGCUGGGAGAUGGGCUGACAGGUACAGAAACACUGAAUCAGGGGACAGAUGGGGCAUCUCUCCCAGGAAAGGAGAAUGCCUCCAGAAAGGGACGCUUAGUUGGGACGGGGGAGCAAGCUGUGAGGGCAAUGCCCACACAGGAGUCCGUGUGCCCCUGGGAGGAGGCGGCCCCUGAGCAGCCCAGCUCAUAUCCAGACAACUCCUCAUCAGGGGCUGGUGGGAAAUCCCUAAGCAUCGAGGGCAGUCGGGCGCUGCAAGUGUGUCCUUGGGAAGUGCUCGAGCCAGAGGGAAAGCAGGCAACACCUUCAACAGCAGAAAUCUGUCCCUGGGAAGGAGAUGGGCGAACAGAAACCAGGACACCAGAACACACACCAAAAGGAGAAUUUCAAAAGGAUGAGAAAAAACCUGAAAAAGCGAGAAUCCAAGCAUGGGGAAAGGCUGAGGGGCAGAGCCAAAAGCAGGAAGCCAUCUGCCCCUGGGAGAGCAUGGACCGUGGUGGCGCCCCACAAAAAGACACGGAGAGACCCCAGGGCACUCUGCGGAGGCCAGGCAGCAUGGAAGGCAAAGCUGCGGAGAUCUGCCCAUGGGACGUGGAGCAGGAGACCCUGGCAGCUGAGAAGGCCAAAAUCUGUCCCUGGGAAGUGGGUGCUGGGGCUGGAGAGGAAAGGGUUCCGGGGGCUGAAGCCUCUGGCAUCUCUCCAAGUGAUGCAGGUCAGACAUCUGUAGAUUCCGGACCCAGCCCGACAUCUGCUACUGCUCCAGAGAAGCCAGAGAGGCCAGGCUUGGAGAAGGAGGUUGUCUGUCCCUGGGACAGCUUGAGUCCAGGGGAUUCCUCUCAGCAGCCAGACACUCUGAACACUGAGAAACUAAAAGAUGGGCUACAGAAACUGGACCAUGUGAGUGCCAGGCCGAUAGAGGUGUGUCCCUGGGAAUCAGAGGAAGUUCCUACCAGUGAAAAAGCCAAGAUCUGUCCCUGGGAAGUGAAUGAAGGAAGCCUGGAUAAAGGACUGGAGCAAAGGAGAAAGAGUCUGGACAUGGCAGGAGCCCCCCUCCAAACAGAAGGCACGUCAAAAGAGGACGAAAAACUCCACCAGGGGCAGGAAGAGGAAGCUACCUGUCCUAGGGAAGACAAGGACUUGAAACCAUCUUCCAAGGUCUUACCCAGCACCACCAGUGGUGAAACAGCAGAGGGACAGAUCUUGGAAGCAAGUGACAGGGCGACUGACAAGGGAGACCUGAGACAAGACCUGAAGAUGGGUUCUCUCCCGGAAGCCACAACCCAAGGAAAAGCUCCAGCUUUAAAAUCCCAGUCUGCCGUUGAUGGGAGAGGAGCAAGCGAGGAUCGCCAGUCUGUCUGCCUGCAGGAAAGCCUGGUCCCGGCAGGCUCUUCCUCCUAUCCACACAGCCAGUGCCCUGACCAACCUGGAGCCAGCUCCCGGACCCUGGUCACUGCUGGGGAUGCUGGGAUGUGCUCGUGGGGUGCUCCUGACCCAGAUUUGCGUAAACCUGACAGUGACACCAAGGUUGAGAUCUGUCCCCAGAAGGAGCCUGGGACGGUUAUGGAGACAGAGACAUCAAGACAAGAUGACGAAAAGGAGAAAUCUCAAGAAGAAAAGGGCAGGGCGCCUGAAAAACCGGAGCACAAAGGUGUGGCAGUUCAGAAAACACCCCAGACCAGCAGCUCUGGGCAGCAGGAAGGUGGGGAGAGUCAGGACUUUGGGGUGCAAGCAGCCUUGGGUGCUUCUGGUGGAAGCAGAGGCAGUUCUGAGGACAUGAGCUGUGCCGGGGUGGCACAGGUGUGUCCUUGGGAAGUAGAAGAGGUUCCCUCUGCCAAGGAAGUGGAGAGCUGCCCUUGGCAAGCAAGUCCAGGAGCAGUGGGGGAGGGGGCACUGGACCGAGAGCAGGGUGGAGAGUCGCAGGGGGCUGGAGGGGCUGAAAGGCACUUCUUAAAAGCAGCAGAGGCAGACUACCCCUCAGAAGGCAUGACAUCAGCAGGGCUCCUCCCCGAGGCAGACACUCUGGACACAGACGACCCCAAAGUCAGCCCCCACGGAGCAGGCAGCCCAGGGAAACGGCUAGCAGAAGUCUGUCAAUGGGAAGUCACAGACCCAGAAGGCAAUAAAAUCAAGGGCACCAUGGCAGACAUCUGUCCAUGGGAGGAAGACAGGGCCCGACCUGAUGAAUCUGGCCUCCUGGCUUUAGCCACAACCCAGACAGAUGUCCCUGCUGCCCCUGAGAAGUCACUUUGCCUCUCCGUACACAGAUCUUUGGAGACCUUUCUCCCAGACAGCAAGAGCGUCCGCCCAGAACUGAGCAAGCCAACCAGUGCUUUUCCUCUGGAAGGUGUCAGAGAACAGGAACCUUCGGGAAUUGAGUCUGGAGCCAAGUCAGCUCCAGAACCAAGUCUUGGAGAAGGGGAGGCUCCAAAGUCUUUGUCCUUAAUUGAAGACCAAGGACAAAUGGCUUCUGAAGCCGAAGCUGAAGAAUUCAGCCCCCCACCUGCCUAUCCUUGGGACUGUGAAUGACAGCACCAUGGUGGGGUCAGAGCUCCUUCAGGACAUUCCCCACCCACGUUCCAGUGUCCCCAAAGAGCCAACUCAAAAGACGCUUGACUACUUCCUCACCCCAGGAGGCCAAGUGGCAACCCAUUCAAAAGAAACUGAACAAGAAGGGUGCAGCCUGGACCUGGAACAUUCCACCCUCCUCACUUCUCUUUCUGUUUGAAGAAACAAAAGCUGGACCUUCCCCUUCUUAAGAAUUCUGCCAUCCGUCCAGAGCACCUGACACAGCUGUUCAAGUCGGAACUCUUACUUACACGAAGUUUACCCUAGGCAGCAAAGAACUACACCAUACAAGGCAGUGGCACGGGAGACUGGGCAAGAGACAGCUAUAAAGGCAUGUAACUAAGGGUGAAAGACAGGGCCUGAGAGACAGACAGCUCAGUGGUUAAGAGCAUGCACUGCUCUAGCUGGGGCCCAGGUUUGGGUUGUCAAUACCCAAGUUGAGGGGCUGACAACUGCCUGCCACUCCAGCUCCAGGGGGAUCCUCCAAUUUCUUCUUCUUGUCUCUGCAGCCACCUACACUCAUGUCAGACAGAUAGACAGAUGGACACACGUACAAAAUUAAAAAUAAAUAUUUAAAAGAUGAGUCAGAGGAAAACAGAGGCAAAAUAUGUGCCUGCAAAAAAGAAAUCUCAUAGGCCUAGACCAUGUCCUCCUUCUCACCCCUUUCCUUGUGGCCAGGCUGGUCUAAAACUCAAUAUGUAGCUGAGGCUGGGCUUAAUCUUCUGGUUUUCCUGCAUCCACUUCCUGAGUUCCAGGGUUCCAAGUGUGCGUCACCAUGCCCAGUUGACUCAGUGGUGGCAACUGAGCCCAGAGCUUCCUGUAUGCCAGGCCCAAGGACCCUGUCACCCGGACUAUAUCCCCAGCCAGCCUUUGUCUUCCUGUGGGUACAUGCGGUCCUGGGAACUGAAACCCAGUCUUCGGAAUACUAGGCAAGCACCCUACCACCAGGCCACAUCCCCCAGCUCGAGGGGGAUUCAGACCUGAAUCUCCCAUUUCUGCUCUACUAGCUCUCAUAUGCGCCCUGACUGUCUGAGGUAGCAGACACUCUGACAUUUAUGUCACGGCUCGUAUCCAAAGUGACAACAGAGACCAGAGAAGAAAGACACUCUCUCGGAGUCCUCCCCACACAGACAAGGCGGUCUCCCAGAUGUCCCCAGUAAGCUUCCUACCGGCCCUUUCAGCCAUCUUCCCAACUUCCUGCACCUGUUCUUGCCGUCGCCAGGGCUCACCUCGCUGCCUCCUCCUAGUCUGUCUACAGUCAGCAAUAGGACCUCUUCCCAACUGGAGCUGAGGGGGAAUCUCUGGUUCUCAGGCAAGAACCACCCUGACUCACUUGUACUCUUUCUCAGUGGGGCCUGAGAGACAAAAUAGGUGCCACCACCAUCCUCAGAAAGAGUAGCACUCCCAGGCUCGAGAGAAGCCCAAGGGCUAGGAAGGGCAUCUUGUGAGUACAAAGCCUCUGUAGCACCCCCACCCCCACCCCAGCUUGGCUCACUUCUCAGCCUUUGGUUGGUUCAGGCUACCUUGCUUAAUUAAGCAGCGCGAGAUAAUGGAGGGUUGGUGUUCGAUGAUCCUGUCGGAAGGAAACUAGGAAGGAGAAAAACAGACAUAGACGGUCUGGCUUGGGAGAGUGAGACCGGGGAGGACAGGCAGACUGAUGGAGCAGAGCUGGAAGGGGCAUUAAAGACGUCUAACAGUACUGACACUGACACUGUUUAAGAGGUGGAAAGCCCCAAAUGAGACCAAACAUCCAGCGAGAAAACCAGGAGUCUAUAUGCAAAUGCUGAACAGAUACAGGGCCUCACAGGACAAAAAAAAAAAAAAAAAAAAAAAAGGCAGCUCAGUGCCCCAUUUCCAAACCGGAACAGAAUAGACUCGCCUCGUCUAGUCUCCUUUAGGGGCCAUCUGCCCCCAUUCCCACACUGAGCCCUCCUACCCACCCAGAUCUCCUGCACUGGGUUUCUGCAGCGGCACUGCUGUUCAGGGCUGUGGCCUCUUACGCCCACAACUUCUGAGCUACGGCAGGCUUCACCAACUGUGCAGCCCAGAGCAACCGGACUGGGUCUGAUCUGGCUGGGAAGAGCAGUUAUCCCCACAUUGUUAUAAAUAGCCACCCGGGAAAAUAAUAAA